UUUUGGCGAUGGCGCUGGACAGUCGGCACCACGCGUUCAUCCAAUCGCUCCUGGCGCGGGGGCCGCAGCCGGCUGUGGAUUGCAAGAAAAUGUUCCAGAAGCUGUUCGAUGCUCGACCCGGAGAGGUCGAGGAGAAUUUUUUCGAUUUUCUCAAGGUGUACAACAAGCACCUCGAUUUUUUCCAGCUCGAGAUUAGGGGCAGCACCAAUCAGCACGAUGGAACCCAGUACUAUGGAGUGGUGAACAAGCUUGCUAGUGAGCCAGCCAAGCUAGCGACGCAAUACUCGGCCGCUCAGAUCGCUUACUUCAAAGCUCUGGUGGAAGCCAUCGUCCAAGAACCAUCUGGCGAGCUGUCCAGUAUAGAUGCGCUCAAUUUGCGAGAAGAUCAAACUCGAGAUUCACAAGAAGCAAGUUCCUCCCAGUCUGUAUCUCUACCGAAGCUUAGUUUGGCUCAGCGUGACAAAGUUUUAGGCGAUCUGGCUGCUGAUAAGUGGCUCUAUAGGACAGAAGAUGGCGGUGUUUCCUUGGGGAUUAAGUCUUUUCUGGAGCUCCGGAGUGUUUUCAUGAACCUGGAAGUACCGUUCUGUGAUGUCUGCAACGAAGCAGCGAUAAAGGCUAUGCGGUGUCAAAACGAGGAUUGCUCAGCUCGAAUGCAUAGUUACUGUGCUAAAACUAAGUUCCAAAGGCCCGAGAUUCCGAGGUCUUGCGCUAGCUGUGGCUCCGAGUGGGAUUGUGAAGGACUGGAUCUGAAUGAGGACAUCCAGCCAGAGCCUGCCGAGAACGAGCAAAGGACCAGGAGACGGAGGAGAGCCAGAGGCUAACUUCUUUUCUUCUACAGCAACAGGGACGGCCAUAGUAAUCUAAGUAGAGGUUGCGACGGCCUUUACACCCUGUGAGUGACUUCUUCCACAAACUUGUACAAUUUUCUAAGCUAGCUAACGAGGUUUAAACUGCAACCACUUGCAAUGCAUACGAAGUGUAAGCGUGCUGCAGGAGGACUCUGUCAAAUAGUAACGCAUUUUGUUGUGACGAACACUGCGCUGAAAUCUUGGAGGGUUGCACUUGCAACUGUCGAGAACGGCAAGGACUGCAAGGACAAAGAACCAAUCCCGAAGUUUUCUUUUUGGCUUUCUGCGUCACGAUGGCACACUACUGCUGCCAAGAACGUCAUAGCAACAGCUUGCGACCGCUUCGUCGCUAUUCCAUCAUUUACAAUACGAGCAAGAGCAGGAACUUUCUCGCCACAAAUGAUCGCAAGCUCGACCGUUAUCUCAGAAAUCUUUACCGCUUUGGCGAAGCACCUCGACCCGGGCAUUACGGUUCCAGAUUCUUACCGCUUCGAAGAAGUCCGUAGUAAACGAAGCUCCGGCCGACACGUUUUCUCUCUUCGUUUUUCCUGCUCGUUGGGAAGUUGGCGACGAGCCUCGCGUUCACGAGUACAGGAAAGACCGCACGUAUGGAAAGCUGGCCGGGAUGAAAGGGCUCACAGCAAACCUUAUCUUAUAAAAACGAUUCUUGCCGUUGGCAAGCUUACAGUUUAGCCACUCAAGCACAGG